AUGUCUUCUUUCAGGACGAUUUUAAACAACUCUGUCAUCAUUCAUCCUCCAGGCUUUUACAUCAUUGGAUUUGAGACAUUUCCCUACAUCAGUGUGUAUCUCAUCUUUCUAGCAUUUGUCUAUGUGGUUACAGUGCUGUUCAACACUUUGGUUAUCUAUGUAAUUGCCUUUAAUCACUGCUUACACACUCCGAAAUUUUUUGCUGUUGUCAACCUUGCAGUAGUUGAUAUUAUCCUCAAUACCAGCAUUAUUCCCAGCAUGAUAAAGACAUUCCUUGUUAAGGACAACUUUAUUCCAUUCAACUUGUGUUUUGUACAAAUGUUUUUCUACUAUACUUUUGGGACUUUGGAGUCAUAUGCACUUGCUAUACUUGCCUAUGACAGGUUGAUUGCAAUUUGUUUUCCCCUACGUCACAACUCAAUCAACACGCUGCGGAGCAUUUCUCAUGUUAUCGGCCUGACUUGGUGUUUUUCUCUGGGAAGCAUUGCAUUUUCAACAGGCAUAAUGACUCGGCUUUCUUUUUGCAAUUCUGUCAAAGUGUUCAGCUAUUUUUGUGACUAUGCACCUGUGUUCAGACUCGCCUGUAAUGAUUACACAUUGCAGUGGUCUACAGCUUCUUUUCUCACUAUUUUGCUCCUCGUAGGACCUUUUAUUUUUAUUUUUCUAUCUUAUAUUAGCAUUUUAGUGACUGUAUUCAGGAUGAAAUCUGUAGAAAGUCGAGUGAAGGCUUUGACCACUUGUGUUGAGCAUAUCAUCCUUGUUGCCGUAUUCUAUAUUCCUCUCAUUACCAUUUUUAUAAUCGGGUUUUAUCUGCGAGUCAUUGAUCCUGACCAGCGUGUGCUGAGCCUGUCACUGGCUUCUUGCAUCCCACCUUGUGUCAAUCCUAUUGUAUAUUCUUUAAAAACCAAAGAGAUCAAAAUCAGAGCACUGGCACUGAUAAGAAAAACUAAAAUUGGUACGGAUCAUUAUAAGGGCAAACCCCGACGGGUUAAUAAAACAUAA